UAUUUCAACGCCGUCCCCUUGUCCCUAUGAGAGAACCAGUGUUAGUAACCUGAAACUAUAUAUUCAACUGUACUCUGGUUAGGUUGAAGGAGCCAGGUUAAAACAACUGGUUUGAACUUUAUUAGCGACAGGAUGAAGCAAAAAAAGCAAUAUAAUUCAGCGUAUAGAGUCUGAGACAGCUGAAGUUGACCCCGUGAGAGAUUCAGCGCCGGCAGAGGAGCCAGGAUGAAGCUCCAUGAGAAGAUUCUGACCCAUUUUCUAUCGUGCACCUCUCCGGUGGAUAAGGAGGGAUAUCUCUAUAAAAAGAAGGAGAGAAAUGGUACCUAUUAUCGACGGUGGUUUGUCCUGAAAGCUAACCUGCUCUUCUACCAGGAGCGUCCUGCUGAUCGACACCUUAUGGGUGUCAUCGUGUUGGAGGGGUGCACAGUUCAGAUGUUGGAGUCUGAUGGGUAUUUUCCCUUCUCCCUGGAGUUUGGAGCUGGAUUUAAAUCCUACAGGUUUGCUGCAGGAGAUGCUCAGACUCAGGGGCGCUGGAUGAAAGCGUUGUUCCUUGCCAGCCACUGUUAUCUGUCCUGUCUGCUGAGAGACCUGGAGAGGCAGUAUGAAGAGGCUAAACAGCAACAAGAAUCUAAUGUCCCCAGCUCCUCUUUCAAAUCCCUUAGUCCACCAACAAACAGCCUGCUGGUACCGACCCUUGGCCCCUCAGCAGUGGUCAGGGAGGGAAGAAGCUUCAGCGCCACUGCUGCUUUACCGCCACGCUCACUACCAACUAAAGUGGCAGGUAAAAAGUCCCCGAAGAAAUGGCCGAGGAGAAAUGCUUAUGUGACACCACUUAACGGGCCUGCACCGCUAUAUGGCGAAUGGCCCUUGGUGGGGUCCGAUCCACUGGUGGAGUUUAGCAAACUGCAUGCCUAUUAUGGCAAGGAGGUUCAAAAUGCAAGAGAAGAGUGGCUGAGGAGUCGACAAACAGAGGAGAACCACAGUGAAAAAGAUCUUAUCGAUCUGGGCUAAAAAAAAAAUGGAAAAAGGACUGAAACCUUUUUAAAGGGAACUGAUAUAAGUUAUUCACGAGUGUCAAACAGGAACUAAACCUUAACUGAAGCAUUGAGUUUUACUGUGCAGACUUUCAUUGGUUUAUGCUGUGAUACCCAUUUUAUGUUCAGUGUUAAACAGUUUAAAACAUUUACUAGAUGUAUGAAAGGGCUGAUGUGAUGUGAUGUGUUUGCAUAGCUGUGUUUGUUAGAUAUAGGAAGCAGAAAGUGUGUUUGGUGCAUUUGCACCUCUUUAAAGGCAGGUUAAAUGUGUCUUCUCUGUUCUUUCUUUGCAGUAUUUACCAAGCAGUGUUAAGUAUGUUUGGAUGUUCAAAAAUACUUCUGCAAAUUUUUUGAUUGAUCCAUAAUUUUAUUACCAAUUGAGUUGAAAGCCAAUUGCAUAAUAAGUUGUUUGGGAAAAUAAAAACUAAAAUCAUGA